AUGUCGCCUACCAUCCUUGUCAACGCUCUUGAAUUCGAUCUUGAUGGAACCAUCGUGGAUUCCACUGAAUCCAUCGAAAGAUCCUGGGGAGAGAUCUUGGAAAAGCAUCCUCAUCUUAACGAGGAUGGGGAGUUCUUCCACAAGAUCCAUGGGGUUAGAGUCAUGGAUGUGUUCAAAAAGUAUCUUGGACACGAGUUCAAAAAUGACGACGAGAUCAUGGAGAAUGCGUAUGACUUCGAUAGACUGGUUUCUGUCAAGUACGGUAAGCUGAACUACCCUAUUGAGGGAGCCGGUGCCCUGUUUAAAGAGCUACACAAGCUUCCAAACAAGCCAUUCUGUAUUGUGACAAGUGGCUCUUCCGUUCUCGCCCACGGCCAUUUUGAAAAUGUUCUGCAUGAAGCAGGUGUUGAAAAACCGGACAUUUUCAUUACUGCUGAGGAUGUGAAAAUCGGCAAGCCCGACCCUGAGGGAUAUAGAAAGGGAGCUGCUCUUUUGGAGAAAAAACUCGGUUAUCCUAUUCCUAAGAGAGUGGUCUUUGAGGAUGCACCAGCCGGUAUCAAGGCAGGUAACGAAUCCGGCGCCGUUGUGGUUGGAAUCGCCUCUACUUUCGAUCCUGAAAAGCUGUACGCAUCAGGUGCAAAGUACGUGGUGAAAAAUCUAGGCGGUGUCAGGGUUAAAGGUUUCAAUAAUAAAGAAAUCGAAUUAGAAAUCGAUGACGUCAAACAGCACUAG